AUGGGUUCCCCAGCACCAAGAAAGCUUCUUGUUGUGGACUUCACAAACGAAGAACUGAAGCCGGGUUCAAGCUCUUGGGCAUCGGCAUGCAAUGAUAUCCAGCGUGCCCUCGAAAACCACGGCUGCUUUAUAGCUUUGUACAACAAAGUUUCUCCUGAACUUGAUAAGGCCAUCUUUCAAGCAGCUGAUGAUUUAUUUGACCUCCCGACCGAACUCAAGGUCCAAAAUAUCAAUGAAAAACCUUACCACGGCUACAUUGGCCAAAUUCCCUUUGUUCCACUCCAUGAAGGCUUAGGGAUUGAUUAUGCCACCACUCUUGAUGGAGUACAAAGCUUCACUAAUCUCAUGUGGCCCAAAGGAAACAAAUCUUUCAGUGAAAGUUCAUUUUCAUUUGCAAAGACAGUGGCGAAGUUAGAUGAAAUGGUAAUAAAAAUGCUGUUCGAAAGCUAUGGUGUUGAGAAAUACAGCGAUUCUCACAUAGACUCGACCAGAUAUCUUCUUCGGUUCCUUAAGUACAGAGCCCCAGAAGUGAAUGAGACCACCAUGGCUUUUCCUUCUCAUACUGAUAAGAGCUUUUUGACCAUCCUUUAUCAGAACCACAUUUCUGGCUUGGAAAUAAGGACAAGGGAUGAUGAAUGGAUCAAAGUUGAUUUUCCUCAAAAAUCCUUUGUUGUGAUGGCCGGGGAUGCCUGCCAGGCUUGGAGUAAUGAUAGAGUGCUUUCUUCCAACCACAAAGUAACCAUGGACGCCAAUGGAAAAGAAACAAGGUACACUAUAGCCUUAUUCUCAUUCCUCAGCAAGAUGGUGCAAGUACCAGAAGAAUUAGUUAAUGAUGAAAAGCCACUGCAGUUCAAACCAUUUGUCCAUAUAGAUUUGCUCAACUUUUACGCCACUGACCAAGGACGGAAAUCACAAAACAUCCUCAAAGAUUUCUGUGGUGUUUGA